AUGAGUACAGAAGAAUGUAAAAAACUGGAUAAUGAAGUUUCUCCAGAAGAAUCAGAUAAAUUAUCUACUGUGGUUAAAACAAUGUCUACUAUAGAGAAUGAACUACAUUCUAAAGAUUCAAUUGAUGCUGCUUAUGAUAUUGUGUCAACAGUAGAUUCACUUUUAGAACAGUUAAGCCACAAAUUUGAGAAUCUUUCAACUGAAAUUCUUGAAAAAAUGGAUAAAAUGACAAAGCAGCUGGAUGCGUUAGAGACAUCAUUAAACGAGAUGAUGGCAGAAAACCAUUCAACAAAAAUGGGCAAAGAGAUAGAUGAAUUUUGA